AUGGGGCUGAUACGUGUCUUGAGGUUCUCGAUUCUUCUGAUUUUUCUGCUUCAUUCUUUUCUCCCUCUCCUCUCAAGCACACAGGUGGAGAUUUGGGAUAAUAUAUUUCACCUUCUGGAACCUGUCACCGCCAGAUCUCCUUCUUCUCUACUUUUCUUCUUCAUCUCUAGCUUCAUGGAUUCGGGGUCCCCAACGCCGAAGACACGACCGCCGCCACAGUCGGCACGGCCCAACCUGACCUCACCUCCAGAUUUCGGUUCAGGUUCGCCAUCUAAUCUCAGCAACUUCCAUUACCCGUGUACACUUCUUGUUGGCCACCACCAGUGUCGUCUUCCGAUUGAACAACCACGACCACCACCUGGUUUAUUGCUCCAGAAACACAUCUGCUUUGCUUCAGUCUAUACUUCUUACGAGAUUUUGAUAGGAUUUGAUAUGCCCCUGGAAAGUUUUACAGUGAUGCAACAUGAGAUGGAGUCACAAAUUCACUACCUUGAGCAAAUAGCAUACAGUUCAGUGCUACACCCUUUCAAAUCACAAUCUGAUGCGCUUCAUGGGAGAAGUAAGGAUUAAUAACUGAACUAGGAAAGAGGAGUGUGUUUUUGAUGAUGAACAUAGAGAACUACUCUCAAAAUGGAGGCGUACCACAAUGAUCAACAUUCCCCAAUCUAUCCAUGACCCAAUUUCACUCUCGGCCCAACCGUUUCAGCAUCUCGGAAAAGGCAAAAGACAAAUAUGCCCAUGUAUUUACCUACAUAAUUAUUUUCCGGCUUCGGAGGCGGAAUCUGAACCCCUAAACCAGUACUACAAGUGAUCAAUUAAUUGGUUUCUACGAGGCUGUCAUACUAUAUGCAAUUGGAUUUAGGGCUUGCUGUUUAGCUUCCUACUUGUGAGUAGUAUGGUUUAGGGAAGUUUUUUGAAAGUCAUUCUCAUUGUGGUGUCAUAAAUUGAUCACAGUUGGGAACCACAUGUAAUUUCCUAAAAUGCCCUCAUUUAUUUUGUUGUAGUGUUCGAUUGAUUAAAUGAUAAGGAUCACUUUUGAAGAUUUGUACAACUUUCAAGAGUAAUUUGUCUGGUUCAGUUUUAGCUUUUUCUAUCUGCAAUAAAGAUAAUAAGAAGGUUCAAUUUCAUUGUUUUUUUUUUUUUUGAAUUUGCUAUUUGCAUACUUUUAGUUUUGGUCCCAUUAAGUGAGCUUACCAUCCGCUGCUUUUAGAUACUUUUUCACCAACUUAAUUGACACAUCAUUAAAUCAAUUUAUUAAAAGAUUCUUUUAUUUUACUUAUUGGUGAAAAUUUUAUCAUAUCUUGUGGAAGUCCUUUGAAGUUUGAGGAUAUAAACUUUCCAACGUACGAUAAGAUAUCAUUUUAUAGUUGACAAAGCAGAAAAGAGUGAAAUAUGUGAUAUGUUAACAUGCAUGCCCGAUAUAGAUCAUUGUAUUUGUAUCUGUUAUGGCUAAUUCCGGAAAAAAAAACCUUACAUUUUUUUACAGCUUUUACUAAUUUAUGCAAAAAUAUCAGUUUUCAUACCAUUUGAUACAUCAAAGAGUAAAUUAAAAAAUAGUCCAUAUGGUUUGGUCAAAUUCAUAGUGUUGGUCAUGGGCAAAAAAAAUUGAUAGGUUAUAUCUUGUAGUUUUUAAAAAUUACACCGAAUAUCCCUUGGUCUAUGUAAAAAGAGUAAACUAUCCUUUCUAAUUUUUAACUUUUCUUUUACCAAUUAAAGAACAUUUGGGUCUAUUAUUGAACAUGUGAUUUGAUGAAUCUGAUUGUAGAAAAACAAAAUUUUCUAAACUAGGUCAUUGAAUGAUAAGACCGGCCUUACAAGAAGCACUUCUGAUGGAUUUAAUUGUAAGACUUUUUUUUCAAUGUUUCUGUUGAGUUUAUAGUUUAGUUCUUUUUAAUAACUAAAAAUGCUAAAUAACUUGAUAUGCAACAUGUACAUACAUACAUACAGUUAUAUUGUAUUUUUCUUUAUGUUAAUGGUGAGUAAUUUAUUUGAACACUAUUUUUUACAAGUCCCAGUCUAUCCCUCUUAAAUCAUUAACUCUUUUUUGUUGUGGACUAAAAUCCAUGCCCCUUUUGAGUUUUAUUUGGCAUGGUUUGGUUGGGUUGUUCUUCGAUCGGAGUCCACACGUAAACCCGUCAGGCUUCAUCGACAGGUUUAGGAAACAACAUUGUUCAAUAAGAUUUACAAAGAACAAACAACGGAUCGCGAGGUUUUCAUAAUGGAUUUGGUCAAUACUCAAACUAUAAACAAAUACUCAAACUAUAAACAAAUAGUUGAUCAAAUAACAUUUUCAAAGAACAAACAACGGAAAAAAUUGUUGCAUCCGACCCAGCAACGCGGGGGUUCCCCGCCUAGUUAUAUUUACAAAUGAAUAAAACACUUGGAAUAAUGUUAUUAUUCUCUUUAUUUAUCUUUACACGUUAUCCUAGAAGAUUUUAGUGUUUUAACUCUGAUUUUGAUGAUUCCAACUGUUGAUUGUGAUUUUAACAACCUUAUGAACUCCAUGAAACCUACCAAAAUCAUAAAAGAAGUAUCAAAAUGUAUGUCACAUCGAAUUAGUACACAUAUAUUCGUUUAUCUUUAAAUUACAUUGUAAUAGUUUAUUAUUAAAAUGGUACAUAAUCAUUUAUGAUUAAAAGGUAUAUAAUCAAUUUUGGUUAAAAAAUAUAUAAUAUCUACAAAAAUAGCAUUAUUAAAGAAAAUAAGUCUUUCGAAAAAUAAGGGUCUUAAAAAGGGGACUUAGAUUCUUGAAAUGAACUCCAUGACAACUGAGAAAUUUUAGAGUGAUAUAUCAUUUCUUUUUUACUUAAAGAAAUCAAUCUUUAACAAAUGAAUACAUCUAAAUUUGGCCGAGUGGAAAAUUUAUUGCAAAGAUAACAUACCUUAUUAUCAUGACCACCAAGUGAUAUCUCAAUAUUUAUUUGGACUAACUCAAAGCAUGAAAAGAUCCAUAUGCUCUAUGAUCUUAAAAGUAAGCAUCAAGACUAAUUCAAAACACUUGGAAGUUCUAAUACAUUUUGGAUUAAUCCAAGCAUCCAACGUACUCACCUUCCAAGAUUCUUGUUACAUCGUGAUAGAUUUUGUAGGCAGCUAACUAUUUUCCAGAAGCAAAUACACUAAAAUACAACACUAAUUUUGACUUAAUCCCUUUUCUUGAUUAUCACUCUUGUCUGUGAAUUCCAUCAAAAGUAAAUGAAAUGUUUAAAUGGUUGCCUAUAGAGGUUUGGUAUCAAUACAUAAAACAUCAUAGUAGCAUACAAUCGAUGGUUAAAAAAUUAUAUUUCAAAAAACAAAAUGAAUAAGAAAAUGAACAAAGGUAGUGAUAGAAGGUGUAAUCGAAAUAAACACUCAAACAGAGGAUGCCAAUGAGGGGUUUGAAGAUCGAUCGGGGAGUUAGAGAAGGAGAACUUGGGUUGUUAUUGAGGUAAACAAAAAUGUAUUUGAUAGAGGUGGUUGUUCGGAGGUGGUGCGUUGGGGAACUGAUGAUAGCGGUCACGGACGUGGAUAUGGUAGUGAGCCAUUUUUAUCAAAAAAGAGGGUUGCGGAAUCAACAACGGUUGUGUCGAGUUUAGAAUGUCUUGGAUGUAUGGAGAUGAAUAUGACGAUGAUGAAGGUUUUUGGUGGAGUUGAUUUAGGGUUACGAGGUUGCUUCAUAUGUUCCGUAAUUUUGGAUUAAUAAAUGAUUUAAAUGAAUUCCAUUAUUAUUUAUCUAGUAUUAAGGAAACAAUAAAAGCCCUAAGGUCUAAUUUUUAUUUAGAAUUUCAUGACAUAAGUUUUAAAAAGUUACAUAAAUGACACAUUAAUAUUUGUUUCAGAUCUUGAAAUUUAAAGGGUCAAGAUAUAUUAUCGCG